AUGGCUGGUAUCCUUGCAGCAGAAAUAUCAGCGAGAGUCAAAGCUAGAGACAAAGUGGGAGUAACUGUCAAAGCUACCAUCAGGGUGAGAAUGAGCGUCGAUGGACCAAGGACAGAAUAUAAGUUACAAGUAGAGCUACACGGCCAGGAGUUUGAGUCCAAAUCCGAGUUCAAAUUCAAGUCGAAGUUUGUGUCCGAGUCCAAAUCCAAGUCUGUGUCUGAGUGCGAGCCAGUGUUUGACUCGAAAUCUAGGUCCGAGUUCAAGUUGGAGUCCGUGACCGAUUCUAAGUUCAAGUCCGGGUUCGAGUCGGAGUCCGAGUCAAAGUUUGAGUUCAAGUCCGAGUUCGGGUCGAAAUCUAAACUUGAAUUGAAGUCUGAGUGCGAGUUCGAGAUUGAAUUCAACUUCAAGUCCAAGUUCGAGUCCAUGUCCAAGUUGGGAUGUAAGCCCAAGCCCGAGUUGAAAUUCAAAUCCAAGUCCGAGUUCACAUUUGAGUCCACGUCCGAGUCUAUUGGGAACAAUACCGAUGAGUGGGUCAUACAGACACACACAGACACUCACAUCGUUACCUUACAUGUAUACACACCGCCCUAG